AUGUAUACAUUUAUAUUAUUAUUUUUAUUUAGUGUAUAUAAUAGUAUUGUCUUUUUUGAAAGAAAGAGGACUUAUCAAAUAUUUAAUUCAAAUAUUAAUGAAUUGGAUAAUCUCUAUUCUAUUAAUAAGAAGGAUGAAACUAAUUUUACUCGUGGUAAUUUUUUUAAUGAGAGGCCAAGACCUGGAAUUCCAAAUUUCAGAAAAUCUGUACAUCCCUUACUUGGUGCUCGAUAUGAAAAGGAACACCAAAAACCAUUUAUUCUUAUUAGAUUAUUUAAAAUGAUUUUGGGAAUUUUGGAAAUUGUCUUUCAUUUUCUAACUGUUGGAGCUCUCAGAAACAAACGUGUGAGGAAGAGCAGAUUAUUUAAGGAGAGGGAAAAGGUCAAUAGAAUGACCUACUCAGAAAAGAAGAGACAGGAGGAAAUUGAUAAUAGACCUGCCAAUAUGACUACAUAUUAUGACGAUAUGCUGUACUUGUUCUAUGUGUAUAUGUACAGUCUAUUUUCUUAG